AGAGCCAGUAAUUGGCAUUCCUCAGAAGAGACAUGUACACUGAUCAUCAGGGCACUGAUGAUCAGUCCUCAGCAGCACCAUCUGUCAGUGUCCAUCAGUGCCAGCUCUCAGUGCUCAUGCAUGCCACCUGCCAGUGCCACAUCAAUGCCACCUAUCAGUGCCUACCAGUGCACAUCAAUGCCACAUAUCAGUGCCCAUCUGAGCUGCCUUUCAGUGUCACCCAUCAGUGCCACCUAUCAAUGCCAGUCAGUAACACCUAUCAGUGCUGCCAAACAGUGCCAGCCAGUGCCGCCUAUUAGUGCCAGUCAGUGCUGCCUAUCAGUGUGCAUCAGUGCUGCCUAUCAGUGCCCGUCAGUGCCGCCUAAC